UUUGCAAUGUACUUUUAAAAAUUUAUCCUACAGAUCACAUAUGUACAUAAAAAUUCAUACAUAAAAGUUCAUAAAGAUACACAGGGAUUUUUCAUUACAGCAAUGUCCUUAAUAGCAAAAGACUCUAAAUAACCUAAAUGGUCAUCCAUAUGGGUCUGAAUAAACUAUGGUGCAUCCCAAAAUGGAAUACUAUAUUAUGAUAAAAAUAUAAUCCCCAAGAUAGUCAAAAAAGCAAAUCAAAAAGCAAUGUGGACAGCUCUCUCAUUAGUGUUUGUAUGCAUAGGAUAUUUCUGGAAGGAGAUACAAGAAAUGAAUAACAGUAGUUGCCCUGAGGAGCAAGACUGAGAGUUGAAAUCAAAUGGAGAUUUGCUUUUCACUGACCAUCCUGUAAACAUGAAACUUUUUUCCAUGUACGUUACUUUUGCAAUUGAACAAAAACUAGUUAAUUUUUAAAAAUGAGUAUAGUCAUCAUUUAUCAUUACAUCCCUAUCAGAAAAGCAGAAGGAGGCAUACCAACUGAAAAUUCUAAGAGAAAUAAUGCUAGCCUAUCACUGCAGCUUAAAGGGCCAAAAUGGAUAUCCUAGAGCAAAGAUACUCCUUGGUCCUUAAAGAACUCUUCUCUCUUCCACUACCCUAGACAGUGAUAAGAACCACAGGGACUAAGCACAUGAGUUAUCUUUCGAGAUCUCACAUUAUCCAGGUAUUAACUCCAGAGCCUCUAAAACAAGAGCUGUUCUUCCCUCCAUCUGCAGAAGCAUAAGAGUGCACUUAUACUUGGUGUGUUGGUUUAAGAUGAGGAUUUUGGGGGAACAAUGAAGAGAAGGGACUGAUGGACAUACUUUUUUUUUUUUUGAGACGGAGUCUCGCACUGUCACCCAGGCUGGAGUGCAGUGGCAGGAUCUCUGCUCAUUGCCACCUCCGCCUCCCGAGUUCAAGCAAUUCUCCUGCCUCAGCCUCCCAAGUAGCUGGGAUUAGAGGUAUGUGCCACCGUACCUGCCUAAUUUUUGUAUUUUUAGUAGAGAAAGGGUUUCUCCAUGUUGGCCAGGCUGGUCUCGAACUCCUGAUCUCGUGAUCCACCUGCCUUGGCCUCCCAAAGUGCUGGGAUUGUAGGCAUGAGCCACUAUGUCCGGCCUGGAUCUACUGUAUAAUGCUCUCCUGGUCCUAAUGAUAUCUUUGGGCAACUUAUUUCUUUGUUUUUCCCUUUCAUCUUGACACCUUAUAUAUAAAUUCACUUUACAAUUCACAAAGCACAGUUCUGCUUACUCAUUAAUUCUCCUAGCCACGUCGUAGAUUGGUUUUACAAUACCAUUUCAGAUGAGUUUCAGAGGGGUUUCCUCGUCCCACAAAUAUUAGGCUCAUGUCCUGGCACCCCCCGUUGAAGUCUCCAAACCUGAUACUUUCCACUCUGUGACUUUCUCUCUUCAUUCCUGCUCAAUCUCCCUGCACCAGCACCCGAUUCCAUUUUAUUCCAGUCAACACUAAACACCUGUGUUCUUAGGUGCGGUGAUUCUAAGACAGUGACAGAGGAAAUUAUUUAAGGACCAAGGACAGGAUAUGUUUUUCCUUCUGGGGACAGAUUUGAGCUAGUUGCUUUUUAAACAUUGUUCCUUUGUUAUUCUGCCUGAUAAAGUAGUGAGCCUUAUAAACAGGAUCUCACUAGUACUGAAUACCUACUAUGCUAUGAUGUUGUCAAGACACUUUAUUCAUUUUAUCUCACUUACCCUAUAAAAGCAGGCUCUAUAAUCUCCACAAUACAAACAAGUUGAUAGAAAUUUAGUGAAGACAAGUCAGUUGUUUACUGUCAUAUAGCUCCUAUGUUCCCAUGUUGAAUAAGGAUUCAAACCCCAGUAUCUGGCUCUGCAUCCUGUGGUACGUUACACCAUGUUGUCCAACAAACAUAACUCUCAGGGUUAUAUCGUUUGUUAAAGUGGUUAAAAACCCCAAUCAAAGGCCACGUGGAAGUUCUUAAGCAGGGGUAGGUUAUGCCAGAAAAAGAGUAGCUACUAUUUAGCUAAUUUUCUCACAUUUACCCAGUCUUUCCCGUCUCUAAAAUAAAAAUGAAUCUAAGUUCCAGAGAAAACAAAUGGGGGCAGUGUGAGCCAAGGAAAUGAAUAAUAAUAAGCAGAAGGGAAAGGCAGCCUCUGCUGAUUGGGAGGUAGUCCCAGGAGGUCGGCCUUCUGCAGUUGCCAAGCAACGAGUGUAAACAGCACAAGAUCAUGGCCACGAACUACAGUGCCAACCAGUAUGAAAAGGCUUUCUCAUCCAACUAUCUGCAGAACUGGUCUCCGGCUAAGCCAACAAAAGAGAGCAUCUCUUCUCAUGAAGGCUACACUCAAAUUAUUGCCAAUGAUCGUGGUCAUCUACUGCCUUCUGUGCCCCGUUCCAAGGCAAAUCCCUGGGGUUCCUUCAUGGGCACCUGGCAAAUGCCUCUGAAGAUACCCCCUGCUCGGGUGACCCUGACCUCCCGUACAACUGCUGGUGCUGCCUCCCUCACCAAAUGGAUACAGAAAAAUUCUGAUCUACUCAAGGCCUCCAAUGGGCUGCGUCCUGAAAUCUUAGGCAAGCCCCAUGAUCCAGACAGUCAGAAGAAACUCAGGAAGAAGUCUAUCACAAAGACUGUACAACAAGCACUAAGUCCAACCAUAAUUCCAAGCUCCCCAGCUGCCAACCUCAAUUCCCCAGAUGAACUCCGAAGCUCACACCCCUCUGCAGGUCAUACUCCAGGUCCCCAAAGCCCAGCCAGAUCCUAAGAGCCCACCUGGAAGUCACGUAUGCUAGGACUCUGGGCAGGGCCUAAUCUAGCUGAGGUCCAGAAAUACAAACCUGGAAUUUCAUAUGGACCAAGCGGCCACACAUGGAAAAACCUGUAUAGCGACUGAGUGAAAUAAACAAGAGCCCCCAGUCAGAACUGUGAAACAGGGAAAUUUUGGGGUUGGAGUAAAAACAAAUUUGGAAAAUAAACUUUGUUUGUUGAAUCUUUUA